UGGAAAUUGACAGGUGGCGGGACAUUUCAAUUUUACUCUGGUGUCAUUAUGUCAUAGAAGAAAAAUACGGUCACUUAGGUGAACCCAAUGAAAGGAUUCUAUCCCAGGGAUAUGAAAGGAACAUGAACUGUCAAAAAAGUGUGUUGUGUCGCUAAGGAAACCGGAGGAAAAAUGGCUGCCACGGACACAGACAGUGUCCAUGAUUACAUGACCAGGCUGCGGAUGAAAAUGGUUCAACAGAAAAUAGCAAAUGAAAGAGAGAAACAAAGACCCCCUUCUACAGAAAGUAACAAUGAUUUGGAGCAACAGUUACACAUGCAGCAGAUUAUGUUGAGGAGACAAGAACUAUUGGAUAAAAUCAAGCAUGAGCAUUUAUUAAACAACGAUUACACAACAAGACGACCGCGAUCCCUCAGUGCCCGACGGCGAUACACACCUUCUCCUGUACAGCCUCCCCCCUCACGGCGAUCACUCCCAGACUUCAACAAGGGGGACUACUCCUAUCGAGGUCAAGGUCAAGAUAUGAAUCAAGUGAAACAUGUGAUAGAACACAGAAUCAACACCCCAAAGACGUACCACCUACCCCCACUGCACCAAGCCCCGCCCCCGCCGCCCCCACAGCACGUAAUACAGCAGAUCCCACAGCCAGUCAUACAGCGAAUCGGCUUAGACGACAACCAGCCCAGCAAAGGCUCGCUGUUUAAUAAAGCAGACUUUAUGGAGAUGAUGAUGAUGCAGGGGGCACAGAUGCAUCAGUUAGUCAUGCAGCAGAUGAUGAUGAGUAAUUUACCGGGAAAUUCUCGGCAAACUUCAUGCAUGCCGGCAGUCAUAGCAGAGCCGGCAGCUCCUGUUGUGAUGGGUCGAGGAGGAGGAGGUGCUGUACAUCAUCAUCAUUAUCAGAUGUCACCCCAACCACAACAACCCAUGGUCCAUCACUACCCCUCCCUACCCGCUAUACAACCGGGGAUGACCCCAAUGAGGGUUGCAGCAACAGGACCGCCAGAACCAGCCCGAGCCUUAGUCAUUCCCCGGGGUCAAGUGUCCAGACCGCGGUCGAUAUCCCCACCACCUAUAGCAACGAAACGAGCGAAUGUAGGUAACAGGCCUAGUAGUGUGUUCCUGUUUGGUAUCAUUCUUAAAGAGAUUGUCGCUGCUUUGCACAGAAUAUACCUAAAUCCCAGUGGGAAUAUAUAUCCAGUGUUAGCGGACGUGGUGAGUCCCCAGGCUUAUGACCUGACGAAUCUACUGCGUGACAGGUCUGGGGACAAGGAGACAAAUGUAAUGCUACAGGAACUUCAGUACGUCGUCGAAAAUCUCGUCUAUCAUAUCACCGAAAUCAUGCCCAGCUCUGGGGUACUGGGCACACACAGGAAGUCUGCUGUGUUUGAACUAGUCCGUAAUGGCAAGCGCUUCCCUGACGGUUACUUCUGGCAGGCUGAACUGGACAGAUUGCAGUUUACUGAUAACGGGAGGACAACGAAUAUUGGUGAUGCGGAGGCCUUCCUUCUCAUCGUAGGAAUCUUUAUCUCCAGGAGUCUUGUAACAACUUUGCUGAUGAAGCCAGUUGACUACGGUUUGUCAUCACAACCUCUGACAGACGUAGGCGAAAGGAACCUGAAAAUUCUUGCCACUACCAUGUUAUACUUAGUUAGACGGGUCUCAACGUUGCGCGGCAAAACCAUGCUGCCGCCGCCAGGGGAAAUAUCCAAAUACUUGUACACUGAUGAAGAAAUGCGACCAAUAUUUAGUAAAUUAGGUCGAUCGUUUAAUUAUUCGGAGGGUCUACUUAGAGAAUGGGGACAGGAGUAUAUUACAAGAAUAAGGGCCGCUCCUAUAUCUACAAAGAACUAACGGAAGCAUGGAUUGGUAAAAGACUCAAAACUGGCAAGAACCAUACAUGAGGCGACCAAAUUAGGUAUAAUGACAGGGAGUCAUACUUUAGGACUGAAAAUUAAUUCUAGUAACAGAGAGCCAUACAGGAGGCACCCAAAUAAGUUCUAGUGACAGAGUCAUACUCGAGGCGUGCAAAUUAAUUUAAGUGACAGACAGCCAUACACGAGGCGUCAAAAUGAAUUAUAGUUGAACAGACCCAUGCACAGGGCUUUUAGAAAUAAUUCAAGUGAUGUAGACUCAAACACAAGACGUCAAAAUUAGUUCUAGCGACAGAGACCCAUACUCGAGGCGUUCAAAUUAGUUUUAGUAACAGAGAGACAUACUCGAAGUGUCCAAAUUAGUUCUAAUGACAAUGAGCCAUACACAAGGCGUCCAAAAUAAUUCUAAUGACAAAGAGUCAUACACGAGACGUCCAAAUUAGUUCUAAUGUCAAAGAGCCAUACACGAUGCGUCCAAAUUAGUUCUAAUGACAAAGAGCCAUACUCGAGGCGUCCAAAAUAAUUCUAAUGACAAAGAGUCAUACACGAGGCGUCCAAAUUAGUUCUAAUGUCUAAUGUCAAAGAGCCAUACAAGAGGCGUCCAAAUUAGUUCUAAUGACAAAGAGCCAUACACGAGACGUCCAAAUUAGUUCUAAUGUCAAAGAGCCAUACACGAUGCGUCCAAAUUAGUUCUAAUGACAAAGAGCCAUACUCGAGGCGUCCAAAAUAAUUCUAAUGACAAAGAGUCAUACACGAGGCGUCUAAAUUAGUUCUAAUGUCUAAUGUCAAAGAGCCAUACACGAGGCGUCCAAAUUAGUUCUAAUGACAAAGAGCCAUCCUCGAGGCGUGCAAAUAAGUUCUAAUGACAAAGAGUCAUAAUCGAGGCGUGCAAUUUAAUUUGAGUGGGAGAGCCAUGAUGGAGACGUCCAGAUGUUUCUCAACAUUUUCUUGAGGUUGGUAAAUAUGCCCACGCCUCGUGUAUGGCUCUUUGUCAUUAGAACAUCAUAUAUCCAAUGAUGGAUAAGUAAUGUGGUCAGGACAGCUUAUAGUAGUUUGGGGUUUGGGUUGUAACGGAGAUGUACCUUGGUAAUGACAUACAAGUAUUGGCAUUAGUCAUGAUAUUGUAAGUAGCAACUGUUGAACUAUUUAUGUAUUUAUUUUUUAUUUAAUUGUUUAUGGAUAUGGUUUAUGGAACUGUAACAAAAAGGAUCAAAACGAAUUAUUAAAAUCGUUGCAUGAUUCACAAUCAUAAAUUUCUUUUCUAUGAUUAUGUCGGCGCAUUUAUAUUUCCUUUUAAUAAUUGAUAGAGAGUGUUCAAUUACCCAUAAAUUGACAACUCAAAUGACUCUAUCUGUGAUUACGAAAUAAAUGAACAUGACCUCUGUAGAUUUAGAUAAUUGCCAAUUGUGAGGGGAAGACGUAUGUUUUGCCAAUAUGACGGGGACCAAAAAGGAGUCUUGACAAUUUGUGAUCUUUAAGAUAAACAUUAUUUUGAGGCGAAUGUAGCCAUCUUUUGUCUGGAGAGUCGACACUGACGAAGACAAAGACUUCCAUAUAUGUCAAUAGACUAACUAGCAUUUGAGUGAUCGUGGCGUCGCGCGACAUUGUCCUUCAACCCAGCAACAGCGCUUGACCUUCUAAGUGGACAAGUUGCUGCAGUAGGCUUGUAAGAUUUCAUUAUUCGUGUCGGCGUAAUCCCCACAGGGCCCAAGAGUGAUAUUUAGCAGAAGGACGUUGUGUCCUCCGAUCUUACGUUAAUUGAUACACACGAGCUGUGUACGGAAGUGAUAAUGGACGCCCGGUGUCGGUCGUGAAGGGUACGUUUGACAGCUCCAGGUAGCUUGAUGUAGGAGACGACCCACUCGGUUACAUCCCAGUCCUUUUAUGGACCUUUCCCACCGGGACAGGACCUAGACGAGGAAGGUACAAAUUGUGAUUUAUCUUACAAUGUUUGUUGGAAUUAUCCAUCAAUGGCGACGUCUGUCCGGACAUAAUGUUUUCUCACUUCCACACACCGGUUUUUGAUGCUGACAAGCGUGGCUUGUUAGAGGCCGAUUGUUUUAUAGCUUAUAUACGAGCGCAUGAUGCGUUUUAAUUCUUCCUGAAUAAAGAUGGUCUCCCUUGAAUAUAAAAUAGGGUAAUGAUAUGUACUGUACGUCUUGUUGGCUACUCCUGCAGAUAUUAAUGUUUUUCAAAGUUUAAAUGUCAUUAAUUUGAAAAUAUACAUAUUUAUUAAUCGUCUGUGAUAUAAUUUCAACGGUAAAAAUUAUUUAUCUGCCAAAUUUAAUUUAAUUAUGAUACCUUUUUAUACAUUUAAGAUUGGUAUAUACAUAUUUCAAAACACAUGUAUUUACUUUAUUUAUUUUAUUUAUUCUAACAACGAUGUUAUAUAGUUUGCUACUGGAGCAAAAACAUUUGAAUUUUCAUCGAUAACGAACUUCACUAAAACAGUAUCAUGUCAUUUUUGCAACUAAACAUAAUUAAACGUAAUAAAAAUUAAUCCAUAAAAAAUAUGAACAGUUUUGAAUUCAAAUGUUGAACUAAAAAAAUGUAUAAAUAGUUAUAUCAGUUAAAUGGAUAUUACAUAAAUGUAACGCACAUUUUAAUGUUAGAUAUUCUUCUUUUUUUUCCAAAUUUCAAGUUCAACGUAUAAUUUGGUUCUUCCAAAACGAGAAAUACAAUAUUUGAAGGUUGAAAAAAAUGAAAAAAAAAAUGACGGAAAAAUACGAUAAGUAAUGUUGAUUCUUGAUCAAUAAAACUAAAAGAUCUAUUAAAAUCUCUUCCUAUUUUUAUAGAUUUCAUGUGUUUUACAGAUUAACAGUUUUUUUAGACCAUUUUUUAUUAUGGAACCGUUCAAAAACGCAAAUUAGACGGGUUCCUUUUGUGGUAGGAAUUCCAACAAAUUAAAUGAUACACAAAGAGUUUUCAAUGUAUACAGAAACACCAACGUGUCCGGAUCAAAGUGUUUAUACCGUACAUGUGACCGGAUUAACGAAAGUCUUCUGAACAUGUGACCGGAUUAACGAAAGUCUUCUGUACAUGUGACCGGAUUAACGAAAGUCUUCUGUACAUGUGACCGAAUUAUCGAAAUUCGAUUGUAGAUGAACAUAUGUCCGGAUUAACGGGUUCUAAUUGUACAGAUGUUCGGGUUAACGAGUUCUUACUGUACAGAUGUCUUUAACGAGUUCUGACGUAACAGGUGUCCGGGUUAACGUGUUCUUAUUUUCAAUAUGUCCGGAUUAACGAGUUCUUACCGUACUUAUAUCCGGGUUAACGUGUUCCCACUGUACAUGUGUCAUUAACGAGUUCUUACUUUACAGAUGUCAUUAACGAGUUCUGACUUUACAGGUGUCCGGGUUAAUGUGUUCUUAUUGUACAUAUGUCUGGAUUAACGAGUCUUACUGUACAUAUUUCAGGAUUAGGGAGUUCUUAUUGUAAACACGAGUUCCUACUGUACAUGAGUCCGGAUUAACGGAACUAUACCAUACAUGUACAUUUGAUCGGAUUAACGUGUUUUACUGUACAGGUUUCCGGAUUAACACGUUUCUACUGUACAUGUAUCCGGAUUAAUACGUUUCUAUGUACAUAUGUCCAGAUUAACACGUUUCUACUGUAGAACAUAUUUUCAUUAUAAAGCUACCUGAUGUCUAUUUUUGUACUCUUAAAUAUUGUGAUUUUUCCGUUGAUUUAUUUUGGGUAAUAAUGUGAUCGCGAUAACUAUAACUAUUGUCAUUAUUUUAAAAAAAAUAUUAUUUUCCUUCGAAUAUUGUUCGUUCUAGUACCUUCUGUUAAGUUUGUAGUUCUUUUGUAGAAUAAAAUUCCGAUAAAUAGUAUUGUCCUUCACGGGAAAUUAUUUGAAAUGUCAUUAAAUAUGGUAUUAUGAUUUGACAAGUUUGUUAAAAUAUCUUAACGUUUGAUGUAUCAACAUAAGGUUUAAGGUAAAGGGACUAGCAAGUUCAACUCAAAUAAUACCAUUGUCACCACUGUGGUAUAUUUGUUUAAUCCCCUUUUAAAUAAAGUGUUCCAUAAAACUCACCUAUUGCCAUGCAUUUUACGAAAUUUCAGCUGUUUGAAAUUUGAAUGCUUUAAAAUAGAAAUAAAAAGUGAGCACAAAAUAAGGAGGGGUCGAACCCAGGAACUUUACAUUACAAAACCCUACGCUUUAUCAACUUUUCCAUUUAGGAAUUUCAACUAAGAUUGAUCAAAAUUAGUGUCCAAUUUGUGGGCUCCAAAGUCAAUGAAAAACUUGAAAAGGGAAGUAACUCUAAACCAGAAAAUUCCUUAUCGGUUGCUCCAUGUUCUAUAUAGAAGGGAGAAUACUCUUAAGUUAUAAAUAAAUUCGAGUGGAACUCUUCUUGGUGAUUAUAACUAAUACUGUGCUACCCUUUAACUUAAAUUAUCCUUAAUUUUUAAAGACGCCAAAUAUGAAUGGCUGAGUCCUUGUUGAUCGAAAUGCUGGUAGUUUAAUUUGACAUUAGUUGAACAUUUUAGUCUCGAAUAUUUCAUUAUUAUUGAAAUAUAUAUCAAAAUCUGUUUUUUUUUGUCAGAAUGAUUGAUUAUCGUCUUACGAUAAAACAACCAUUUGAUAGUCACUUUCAGAUGGUUAUGAUGUGAUUAAUUUCAAUUAAUUUUAGUUAUAAAAUUUUAGUGUACGGCUCGUUUAUUUGACAUUCAUCUGGGCCAAACGAUUCUGUGAUAAUACUUUUUUGUAUAACAAUUCUUGAGAGGUCGUUUUUGUCGUUUAAUUACAAUGUAUUACUAAUCAAACAACAUACCUGUGAUAAAUUGGAAAACAUUAAAAGAUGAAAAUGCAA